CAACGCAUGUACACGCAAACGAACUUUCGCGCGUGCGCUUCGCGCGCCUUCAGGUUCUGCGCGUUGAGCUGCGACUUCUGCAGCAACUGUGUUCCAAGAGUGCGUUCGCGAGACGCUUCCAAUGUCGCUUCCUGGAACGCGAAUCGCCCCAGCAUGGGAUCGCAGCAUCGAGGGCACAGGACAUUUGCCCCUUGCCGACUCAAGCUUUUCCGACAGUCAUGACUAGCGCAAGCAGCGUAAAGAUGAGGAGGACGAGCAGCGGGAUGCAGCGGAGGACACACAUCACGGAGGAGGCACUGUAAUAGUAUAAUCUCACAGAGGCGCGAACCGCCAUUAAGCAGUAUGGUCCUCUGUGUGCGAAGUGCCAACGACACUUCUUGGUGGAACGGCUUGGCGGGACACUUCUUGGUGGAACGACUGCGUGCCAAGCGGAAGCGAUGGGGCAGCCGGCGACGCGCAGGCUCCCCUCGCCGUCCUGGAGGCGGACCCCCCCCCCGGGGCGCGGCCGCCCUCGAAGGGUGGGGAUGGCCUUAAUGGGGGAUGGCAGCGCGCGCUGCCCCACAAGCAGAAGCCCGGGAGGGGCAGGCACGAGGAGGAACGCCAGGAGGGAGGGGAGAGGGAGGAGUCCAGCGAGGGGGACGGGAAAGAGCGGGGAUGCGCGGGCAAAAGGGGCUGGGCGCUGCUCUGAAGCUGCGGGGAGGGGUGGGGGAGUCGGCUAAGUGCCACACGUCCACUGUCGUUGACCUGGAGGCGGACACUGGCGCAUUCGUACGCCCGUGUCCGCAUGUCGAGGCGAACUGCCCAACGCAACGCCCGAGAGGACAGGCGUGAGGAAAGGAAGGAGGGAGGACACAAGGAGGAGGAGGAGGAGGAGGAGGAGGAGGAGACGACGUACCCGAGAAGGUCCACGUCCGACCGCUGGCCUCGACCUCGGCCGACGCGAAAGCAUCGACUGAAGGAGAGUGGGCUCCUGCUGGGUGGUGUUUGGGUUCGGCGUCGCAACCCAUUGCCACUUCCGCCACCAGCAGGGCCCACAAACAGAUGGCGCUCGAAGCAGACCACAUGUGAAAAUAAUCGCUGGACGAGAGAUCCUGUCACUUCAGGACGGGCCCCCGCCCUCUUCAGGAGAGAGCCGAGGGGCACAGGGCACUGCAGGAGAGUCCUCGACCGCAACAUGCCUCUGGUGCCUCGAUCGAACCCCCCAUCCCAAGUCCCGCAUCCAGGCCAAUAGGAGGAGGAGGAGGAGGAGGAGGAGAAGGA